AAAACACUAAUUUCUAGGGACCAACCGACUGACAUCUCUGACUUGACAUUGCUUUUGUCAAACUUACACAUAACCUUUCGUUUCUCCCAAACUACAAAAAUGGGUAAGGUAAAGUGCUCCGAGUUGAGGACUAAGGACAAAAAAGAGCUCACCAAGCAGCUCGAUGACCUGAAGAAAGAGCUCACCAGCUUGAGGGUGGCUAAGGUCACCGGAGGGGCUCCUUCCAAGCUGUCCAAGAUUCGCGUAGUCCGUAAAGCUAUCGCCCGAGUGUACAUUGUUAUGCACCAGAAGCAGAAAGAGAACCUGAGGAAAUUGUACAAAAACAAGAAGUACAAGCCUUUGGACCUGAGGCCCAGGAAGACGCGUGCUAUCAGACGCGCUCUUUCGUCGCAUGAGAAAAAAAUUAAGACUCCUAAGGAAAUUAGGAAAAUGUCUGCUUUCCCCCCAAGGAAAUAUGCUCUUAAAGCAUAGUUUUUUUUUAAUUGUAGAGUUAUUUUUUAUUCCACAUAAAAAGUAAUUCAAAAAAU